UCGCGGAGAUGUUGCGGACCGAGAAAGUGCUGCUGCUGCGGAGCCUGCAAGGCCGCUCCGUGCGGGUCGUGCGUGAGCACUACCUGCGCCUCGACGUGCCCUGUGGCAGCGCCCUCUGCCGGGCGGGCUGUCCCCGCGAUGGGAAAUUGCUGUCCGAUGAUGCCACUCACUAUGUUGUGCCUGACUGGAAAGUGCUUCAAGAUUACCUGGAGAUUCUGGAAUUCCCUGAGCUGAAGGGGCUGGUUUUCAUGCAGACCGCAUGUCAAGCGAUGCAGCAGCAAAGAGGCCGCAGGCACUACAAUAAACUGCGGAAUUUAGUGAGGGAUGCCCGUCGCGAUUGCAUUAUAUUUUUUAAUGAAUUCCAGCUGCUUUCUUAUUUGCCACGAGAGCGGGGAGAAUCGCUGGAGAAAUGGCAGACCAGGAGUAUUUACAACGCCUCCGUGUGGUACUAUAAUCACUUCUCGGGCCAGAUGCCCAUCGUCAUGGUAACAGAGGAUGAAGAGGCUGUGCAACUGUUUGGCAGUGAAACGGAAGGCGUCUUUGUGAUCUCAUUCAAGAAUUAUUUGGACAACUUCUGGCCUGAUUUAAAAGCCGCUCAAGAGCUUUUGGAUUCCAUCCUCCAGUCGCGACGUGAACGGGAAAGCGAAAGCCAUGAAAACAGCGGGAAGGAAUAUCCCGAGCAUCUCCCUAUAGAGACCCUGGAAGCUGGGAUCAAAUCAGGACACUACAUCCAGGGGGUCUUGAAUGUGAAUAAGCACAGAGCCCAAGUAGAGGCAUUCAUGCGACUUCAAGGCGCUAGCAACAAGGAGAAAGAUCUCAAGACGGAUGUUCUCAUUUACGGCACAAAAGCUCGGAAUAGGGCAAUCCAUGGGGAUGUGGUGGCCGUGGAAUUAUUGCCUCAGAAGGAGUGGAAAAGACGGACAGCGGCCCUCGGAGAGAAUGAGGGCGAAGAGAAAACCCCUGGGGAGGUUUAUGGUGAACCCAUGCCCACCGGCAAAGUAGUGGGCAUCCUGCAGAAGAACUGGCGCGAGUAUGUGGUCACUUUCCCAUCCAGGGAAGAGAAUCAGUUGCACAGCAAAAACGCCCAGAAGGUUCUUGUGACCCCAUGGGAUUACAGGAUCCCCAAAAUCCGAAUAAGCACUCAGCAGGCCGAGGCAUUGCAGGAUUUCCGGGUUGUCGUGCGUAUAGAUUCUUGGGAAUCCACCUCGCUGUACCCCAACGGACAUUUUGUGCGGGUUGUAGGCCGGAUAGGCGACCUCGAAGGAGAAAUACAAACAAUUCUGGUGGAGAAUACCGUUUCGGUUAGUCCUUUCUCUGAGGCCCAGAUGUGUGAGAUGCCUACUCUCAUCCAAGAGAAGCCAUGGCAAGUAAGUGCAGAAGAGCAGCAGAAACGCCUCGAUCUGAGAGAGACCCAUUUGGUCUUCAGCAUUGACCCAAAAGGCUGCGAAGAUGUGGAUGAUGCCCUCUCCAUCAGGCUCCUUCCCAAUGGCAACCUGGAACUGGGCGUCCACAUUGCCGACGUAACUCAUUUUGUGGCAGCCAAUUCUUACACCGAUAUGGAGGCCAAAGCAAGGGCUACUACUUAUUACUUAGCUGACCGUCGUUAUGACAUGUUGCCUGCCAUCUUGAGUGCCAAUUUAUGCUCUCUUCUUGGGAACAUGGACAGGUAUGCCGUGAGUGUUAUUUGGGAGCUGGACAAGGCCUCUUAUGAAAUAAAGAGAGUCCGGUACAAGAGAACCAUCAUUCGCUCUUCUUACAAACUCUUUUACGAGGCCGCCCAGGCUUUGCUAGAGGGAGACCUGACAGCUGCCACGGAAAUCCCGGAGCUCAAAGCCAUGGAGGAAAACACACGGCGACAGAAGUUAGAGGAACUGACAUGGGCCAUCGGGAAAUUAACUGAUGUUGCCCGCCAUCUCCGAGCCAAACGCAGCAGCUACGGAGCCCUGGAGCUGGAAGGGGUGGAAAUUAGGGUUCAGCUGGACGACAAGAAGAACAUUGAUGACCUUAUCCCCCGCCAGCCGCUGGAAGUCCACGAGACGAUCGCCGAGUGCAUGAUCCUGGCAAACCACUGGGUGGCCAGGAGGAUUUGGGAGGUGUUCCCCUACCAGGCGUUGCUUCGUCAGCAUCCCCCGCCCCGGCAGGAGUUUUUUUCUGAGGUCCGAGAAUGUGCUGCUGCAAAAGGCUUUUCGAUUGACACACGGUCUAACAAGGCAUUAGCUGACUCUCUGGACAGAGCGGUUGACCCUUCUGACCCCCUGGUAAACCAGCUGUUGAGGUCUAUGGUCACUCAAGCCAUGUCAAACGCGGUCUAUUUUUCAACUGGAUCCUGUCCCGAGGAAGACUUCUUCCAUUACGGCCUUGCUCUAGAUAAAUACACCCACUUCACAUCACCCAUUAGGAGGUACGCAGAUAUAAUUGUCCACAGACUCUUGUUAGUGGCCACCUCAGCAGAAGAGGGAGUGGGUGCGAAAGAUGGCUUGCUUGGCAAUAAAGAACUUGAAGAGCUAUGCAGACAUAUCAACCACAGAAACCGGGCGGCCCAGCACGUUCAGAAGGAGUCCACGGGGCUCUUCCAGUGCAUGUUCUUCAACGACAAGAGUCCUGCGCGGGAGGAGCAGCGCUCAGCGGACGGAGUGAUCUAUUCCAUCCGAACCAACGGGGUGCUCGUCUUUGUGCCAAGGUAUGGCAUUAAAGGAGCUGCCUACCUGAGGAGCAAGGAAGGGUUGGUCCUCUCCUGUCCAACCGAUGGGAACUAUGAAUGGCAACCUGGUUCUUUGCAGCGCUUCCCCAGCAAAAUUAUCGCCACUCCCACUGUCGGAAAGCCUGUGACUUUGAAUCUCUUUGAUCAUGUGACCGUGAAAAUCUCCGUGCAGAUGUCUCGCUGCCAUGCAGACAGGAUCCAACUUCAGAUCACAAGCUGCAAACCAUACAAGACUUCAGAAACGGAGGCAUCUCAGGGGCCCCAAAUGUCUAGAACAGACUUGGUCAGGGAAGUCACGAAGACGGCAGAGGAAACGCAACUUGCACAGAAUCUGGCCAAAGCAAACCAGGCAAAGGAAGGAUUUGACGAAGAGUAUCGGCAAACCCAGUGCAGGAGGAGUUUGUAUCACCUGCUAGAAGAAAUCAAGGAUUUGUCUCUCUUGGAUGUAUCUGCAGACCAUGGAGCGUGAGGCCUCCUUUCGCACAGCUUCUGUGCCAACACCUCUCUUCUUGUUUCCUUGUUUUUUUUUUAAAGUUGUACAUUUAUUAUUACAAUGUUAUGUAAAAAAUUGUGGAGAUUCUAUUUUGCAUUCUUAAAUCCAUUUACAGCCAU